CGGGAGCCGCAAGGCCGCAAGCUCGCUCGCCGACGUGGCCAGUGCCGUCGCCGCUUCAGUGCCGCCGCCGUGUUUUUGUGGAACAUCGCGGCCUCCGCCGCCGCCGAGGUUGGAAAUCCGCAUUCACCACCUGCGGCUUGUUACGCCUACAGGCCCGCGGUCCUCGUUAUGUGUAACGCGGCAGCUGCCGACAGCGGCGGCAGAAGCGGUCGACGGCACGGUGGGACUCGCGUUUGACAUCGUGGCCACUUGGUUUCGUUCUCGACCCAUGCCACGAUGGACUCCUCGAGCCACACCGGCGAGAUCGUCAAAGUGGUGCUCCUGUGCGUACUCUGGUACGGCAUCAGCUCGGGCAAUAAUGUCGUCGGGAAGGUGGUGCUCAACAGCUUUCCCUACCCGCUCACCGUCACAAUGGUCCAGCUGUUCUCCAUCACCGUGUAUUCGGGACCCGUGUUCGCGCUGUGGGGCAUCAGGCCCUACCUGGACCUUGAGUGGGGCACGUACAUGCGCUGCAUCGUGCCUUUAGCGUGCGGCAAGUUCUUCAGCUCCCUGACGUCUCACGUCAGCCUGUGGAAAGUGCCGGUCUCCUACGCGCACACAGUAAAAGCCACCAUGCCUCUAUUCACAGUGGUAUUAUCUAGGAUCAUUCUGAAAGAAAAGCAGACUUGGACGGUCUAUGCAUCAUUGCUGCCCAUUAUCAUUGGAGUCAUGGUUGCCACUGUGACAGAGAUUUCCUUCGACAUGACUGGCCUGAUCAGCGCCUUGAUAUCCACCAUUGGCUUCUCUCUUCAGAACAUAUACACAAAGAAGGUAAUUCGAGACACAAAUGCUCACUACCUGCGCCUGCUGCACACCUUUGCGAGGCUGGCGCUCAUCUUUUUCAUUCCUGUGUGGCUGCUCUUUGACGCACGCCGUUUUAGCAAAGACACUUCCUUGUUCAGGCAGUCCGACGGAUUCACAGUGUUGCUGCUGCUCUUUGUGGACGGGGCGCUCAACUUUGCUCAGAACCUGGUUGCGUUCACGGUGCUCAACAUGGUCUCGCCGCUCACUUACUCGGUCUGCAAUGCAACCAAGCGGAUUUCCGUCAUCACCAUAUCGCUGCUCAUGCUUCACAACCCCGUGACGCCCCUCAACGUCUUUGGCAUGCUCACCGCCGUACUCGGCGUCCUCUGCUACAACAAGGCAAAGUAUGAUGCAAACAAAGCAGCGAGGAAGGCACUACCCGUGUCAUCUCAGGACCUGAAUCCUCUGAUAAGAACGGCCGACCAGCACAAGCCCAUCAACGGCAUGAAUGGGUCGUUGCACCUCCUCACCCCUUAUAACGAGAAGAUCAUGGGCCUUUGACAGGGAGACCCCUGCUAGACUACGUAGUUGGACAGAUUGCCGACUGAUCAUAAGAGGAGUGUUCGGUCGGCAGAAGAAGCGGGGAUCCGAGUGAUUCCUGCACGUGGCGUAGAGUUGAACUGAAAAACCUGCAGUGCCUCACGCACUCGUGCAGCGAUUCACUGGAGGAAAAAUUUCUCAUCGAGCUUCACCUCUUUCGGGAGCAAAUGCCGCGAUGGUCCAAGACUGAAUUCCCAAAAGUGGGUUCAAAGUGUUUACCUUUUUCAAAACCAGCGAUUUCCUGUAUAAUGUACAUAGAUUCGACCUUUGUUAGACAAGUGUUUUUGAGGACUAGGAACAGCUCUGCAUUCUUAGGUAGUGUUUGUUCAUGUUACUCGACACUUUAGAAAGGGAAUGCUUACGUUGUGUUGUGAUAUACAAUCCUGGACUGACCUAGAGAUGUUAGGUUACUUUCAAUGAUGUGUUGCUGUUGACUAGGAAGCAUCUGGCUUGACUAUGUUGACAAGGACACUAAUAUAAGUUAUUUUUUGCUAAUUUUGCUAGAUCACUGUAUUUCAUACACAUUGAGAAGUGGUCCCCGCAUGUCUCUUGCAGCUAUUCAGACUUGAAUUUUUUAAAUAUGCUAGUGUUCCUCUGAAUAGCUUUAACAGAAUGUGAAGACAGCUUCAACUUGUGCAUUGACUAAGGCUAAUGUGCUUUGUUAUAUUAGAUCAUACACUCAGUCUUUCCUGUUGUAUUACUUCUGAAAUUUCUUAUUCGCAAGCAAUCUUUAUAAAGAAAUCCAUUUUCUAUUUUUAUAGGCCCCCAUUUAUGCUGAUUGUGUACAGAAUGAAACAAGCUUAUCACACAAUAUACUGUGACAUUUUACAAUGAUGUGAUGCUUUCCUAUUUAAAUAUUUAUUAUUCAGAUUAUGUUGUGAUGGCAAAUGUUUUCACUGGGAUAAUAGGACCACGGUGAAACAUACAAUGUGCUUAGCAAGCUAAAUUAAAUGAACAUGGUUACGCACACUUUACUUUGUUGGCUGUUCAACAGUCGCUGAACUGGCUGAGUGUCCAUUAAAUGGAUAUCGAUUGCAUUUAGUGCAUGCUCAUUUGUUGCAUUCUGUUUGUUACUUUAGUGCUAGUGAAACAUUUACACAAGCCAAACCUGGAUUUUCGAGACAUUGGCCAUAUGUCAUGGAAUCCAAGUUACUUGGUACUUUGAUUCCUUGAUUUAUUUACGAUAGCCUAUCAGUACUUCAAGCCUAUUAUUUGUCAGUACUUUAAGCCUAUUAGCGUAGUGAGCCCAUUUAUAUGCCGAUCUUGUAAAGUGCAAACAUGAUAUGGUGAUAGGAGUUUGCAAGCUGUCCUUAUUUAGCUUACAUGUGUUAAUUAGCAAUUAAUGGCAUAUCAUACAAUGAAGCAUGUACAAAGUUAACUUUUAUGGUGCCUGGUAACCUCACGUUUUGUGUCAGUGCUUUUUUUUGGUGGUGCGACGUAAGUGAGAAGCCUUAGUGCUCAAGCAACUCGAGAAUUGCGACCAGAGUGUUCAGUUUAGCCACUGCUUUUCUACAUUGAGCUUGUCUAACAUUGCUGUUUUUUGGCUGAGUGAGAGUUUAUCAGUUUAUUUGCAGUUUACUUUGGCACAUUAUGGUUUAUGCGUUUAUGAUGCAAUCCAGACAGAUCCCGGUGAUGGUGAAGUAUUAAAAAUAGAUCUGUGAGUGAGCUAGUCAUGUAGGCAAUCUGAUGUGACUAGUUUGGAAUGCCUCCACUAACACUAAGGGUGGGCGAUUAAGUUUGGGAGUGGGGAAGGCAACGCGUAUGUGUGUUAUGUAACAGCUUUCCUUUUUCGAAUCUAUUUCCGAGGCUAUAGUGUUAUUAACUUCUAAAACUGCACCUCGAACCCCUUGAUUUUUUUGUAAACGCGUGUUCAUGUUUGACCUUUGACCCAUUUCACAUUUUAUUUAUAUAUACUGAUAUGAAUGACUCCCCAUUAGGCAACCACAAGAUUGAAGGUAUUUGAAAGAAAAGCUACAAUCCUGUCACUGAAGCAGGCAAACUUGCUUUUGGCUUUACAUAGAAAAUUUAAGUCGAUGAAGUUGUGUCGGAAGAAAAACCUCUUGAAGCUGUGAAUUGUGCAUAAUUUCAUCUGUGUUAUGUUGAAUAUUUUCUAAUCCCACAGCCUGUGAUCAUUUAAAGCUCAGUGGUGCAUUUUUUUCCCUUGAUGGAUAUGAUGUUACUGCUUUAUGACUUAUUUCUUUCUACACUUUAUUAUAGUAGCACUUGCUUCAUUUAAACAUUAAGGAAGGGCAACGCUGAGCCACUACAAGGCCUCACUGUUUCUUUAAACGAGUUACUGUGUCCAGUGCACACGGUGUGGUUGGGUUAGUGUUAAAGUGAUGCUAAAUAAAAGUUGAGUUACAUUUAUAGAUUAUACGUGUGCAACGCCAAUGUGGCUAGCAUCAUGAGCGCUGUUUGGCGGACUGGAAAUGGGGAAAAACAUGAGAAAAUACAGAUUAUGACAUCACAUUGAA